AUGAUUCACACCAGCGAUCUCCUCUUGACUUUGCAUACCUUGGGCAUCCUAGUGACCAAUGCUGAAAUGCGUCGGACGCUUAAGCAGGUCAAGGUGACCGCAUCUGGGACUCUGGAUUUCUCCGAAUUCUUGGAAGUUGUGAAUAACACCUCGCCUUUCACAGACACGGAGGAUUUCCAGAGUAUUCUUUGGAUUUUCAAGAAAAUAAAUAGAGGUAUGGUGGCUGUUGAUGACUUGGAAACAGUACUGAUAGGCCUGGGAGUCAACUUGAACAACGAGGAGAUACAACAGGCACUGGGAUGCACUCAAGUUAGGAAUGGAAAGGUGGACAUUCUGAGCUUCCUUCAGACUGCGUGGGGACUGCAAAGAGGCUUGGGGGAAGAAGGUUUCCAAAAUGAAUGCGAUGCCAUAGACGCGAACCCUUUCCAUGAUGUGACCGAGCUCGUCAAUGCGGAUACUAGAUGGAGAAAGAAAUACUCUGAUGAGGAUUUCAUCGCAGAUGCCAGAUGGAGAAAGAAAUGCAGCAGUGAGGAUUUCAUCGCAGAUGCUAGAUGGAGAAGGAAAUGCAGCAAUCAGGAUUUCAUCGCAGAUGCUAGGUGGAUAAAGAAAUGCAGCAAUGAGGAUUUCAUCGCAGAUGCUGACUGGAGAAAGCAAUACUGCAAUGAGGAGUUCAUCUCUGGCAACAGCCUAGUUCCGGUGAUGACAUUGUCGUGUUCAAAUAAAGACCUUGUUUUUGCCCAGCCAAAGAGAAGGUUGUCCUGGAAGUCUGACCAGAAAAGCCCCAGCACUGUCAUCUCCACAAAUAAUGCAAAAGAGGGAGACAUCAAGCAAACAAAAUCUCAGUUGGAUGCUACUGACCUGAGAACUACCAGAUCUACGUCAUUGCAUAAGGUAGAGGGGGGAGAUAAAGACCAUGGUGCCAUGGAGGUGACAGGCGCUACUGGCCAGACAAACACCAUCCAAGAAGAAGAAGAACAAUAACAAUAACAACAACAAAAAGAAGUAAAGCCAUGACAUCAUUGAGGAGACAAUGUCCUCGUCAGACUUUAAUCCCUCAAGUAAGGGUGCUUUGCAUCCUCAAGGCCCCUUUCUAUCCAAGUGAGUUUAACUGAUAAAAGAACUUUGGUUUCCUGUUUGGCAGAAAUUCUAUUUGGAAAAACUCCCCAAACCAGAUUACAGUUACUCCUCCUGAUCAAGUACAGGGGAAUCUUUUGAGUGUUUCUCAUUGCUUCCCUGCGCCAUGCCGUGUUAUGAGCUGCUGAACCUAUUUCCAGAAUGGAAGCCGGGAUUACAUGGGGUGGGGACUCGAUGAAUGGCUCAUUGGCAGAUUUGAAUAAAGUCUAGUAGACCUGUUUCUCCAAACCAUUCUCUUCUGCUGCUUCUAUUUAUUGCCGCUGCUGUCGUCUUUUUGCAAAGUGCAUUUGAAACCAACACAAAUCAACAACAAGACGAAGUGCCAAGGAUUUUGAAGCCUCUAG